GCUCCGUGCACACAUCUCGUUAUGAGAGUCUGGAUUUUACCCGCAACAGCAACAUCAGCUGCGUCCAAUGCCUCUGAACUCCUCUGAUGACAACCGGACCAUUUCUGCCUUCACCUCCAAACUGACCCCCGCUGCUGACAUAUGUGUGGGACUGGCCAUCCUCUCCGUCGUUCUCCUCUCUGUUCUGGGCAAUGGGCUGGUUCUGGUGAUCUGCUACCGCAGGAGGAAGAAGAUGGUGGGCUCAGAGCUCCUCUGCGUCAACCUGGCCGUGGUCGACUUCCUCUGCUGCAUCUGCUUCUACCCGCUCUCCAUCGUGUCCUCCUUCCGCCACACGUGGCUGGGAGAAGACGUCACGUGUGUGUACUACGGCCUCGGCUGCUACAUCUUCGGCCUGUGCGGCAUGUUCACCAUCACCGCCAUCAGCAUCAUCCGCUACCUGAAGACCUGCUACAGCCUGGUGUACGCUGUGUGGCUGGAAGGAACUAACCUCCGCUUGGUGUGCUGUGCCAUCUGGUUUGUGGCUACCGUGUGGUCCAGCUUCCCUCUGUUCGGCUGGGGCGAGUACGUCCCUGAGCCUUAUGGACUGUCCUGCACCAUCGCCUGGAGGGGUUACCAUACCUCGGUCAAGGACGCCUUCUACGUCAUCUGCUCCUUCGCCUGCUUCACGAUGGUUCCCGUCCUCCUCAUCGUGGUGUCCCAGUGUCAGAUCCUCUACAAGCUGUCCCGCUUCUCGUACUCGCUGUCUGCGAGAGGCAUCCGCAACAAUCUGAGAUACACUGAAAAACGACUGUCAAUGAUGUUUUUCUGCAUCAGCCUGGGUUUUGUGAUUGCCUGGGCACCGUACGCUGUCGUGUCCUUCCUCUUCAUAUUCAACAAGGAGAACCACUACAUGGCUCCUGAGGGCUUCGUGUUCCCCGCCCUCUUCGCCAAAAGCUCCCACGUCUACAACCCGUUCAUCUACUUCUACUUUAACAAGACUUUCCAGCAGGAGCUCCGCUGCCUGCUCCUUUCUUUCUGGCCCAAACUGGGCGGAAACCGUGUGGGCGCCGUCCACAUCGCCACGGGCCACCAACACCCCAUCCACAUUCAGCUCCAGGAAAGACGCUACGUGCAAAAGAAAACCUUUGAUUUGUCUCAGGACAGAACUCACAGCAAGAGCAAGAGCAAAGUAACGCACCCCAGCAGCAACCGUGUCCUGAGCAGGCCGGUGUACACCUGCUGGGGGUCGGCGUCGAAGGAGGCCCCCAGCAACUUGGACAGUAAACGCACCAAAGGCUCCCUGCCUGUCUCCAUAUGAACUCUUACCAUCACUGUUAACAUGAGGGUCUAUGAUUCAAGGGCAGUGCGGUCCAACUGUGGACAGACAUCAACCAAAAUGUCUGGUCCUGUAUUGUUUCAGUGAAGACGCUCAGAUAUUAAUCGCGGUCCGUGUGGCUCAUUUUGUAAAUGAAAGUAUUUUUUUUAGUUUUUAUGCAACAAAACUCAAGUUGAAAUUGUCAUUUCAGUGUUAUAUUCAGUGUUAAAGACUGAAUCACCAUCACAUCCCGCUAACAACAACAAUCAUUUUCAGCCGUAACUGUAACGUUUACAGACAUACGGUUAAACACAGCGGUCUGACCUAUCUGACGUUUCUGCUUAUCAGUGUAAGUGUACACUGUAUGUGAAUAUUUGCUCAGCUUUACCUCACACAUGGACCGAAUGGUGUUGCAGUAGACCAGCAACUAGUGUGUUCUGCUGUGUAAAAUGGCUGUUUUUGUCAACAGAGUCUGAUGGCUUUGGUAUAACGGCUUGAAUUCCCCGUUAGAAAAGUAAAGCCAUGAAAAUAUUCCAUAUAUAGCGUACACUAAAACUGGUACUAUUUUUUUUUUUUGGUAGGCCCUUUUUAAAGGUGGCUAAAAACUAAGCUAUUGAGGCAACGUUUGCUUUUUUUGUAUGAGAUGCAAGGAUUUUUUUUACCUGGAAGUUACUUUAAAAAAACAUUUUGAUUCGGUCUGUAGCCUAGAUGCAAACAGACACAGUUGUGCAUCAUUUGCACACGUCUUACCUGAAAACUAACACAUCAGGAUUAAAGUGACCAAAAUGAUCAUGGUUAUCGGUAUUAUCAGAAUUGUUAAAUACUUGAACCCCAAAUUGCUCCCGAUGGCUGUGAGUGUGUUAACAACUGAGUAGCAGGUGGCACCUUGUAUGGUAGCCUCGGCCACCAGUGUGUGAAUGUGUGUGGGUGAAUUGGUGAAUGUGACUCGUAGUGUAAAAAGUGCUUUGAGUGGUCGGAUGACUAGAAAGGUGCUAUACAAGUGCAGUCCAUUAAAAAAGUAUUGAUACACGCACUGAAACCCUUUCACCAAGUUUUUUUUCACUUUGUUUUCAUGAACAUUGAAAUAAUAACACAGCCAAUGUCCUAUGUCACAUAUGAAAUUAAAGGUCCCAUAUUGUGAAAAGGCAGAUUUCCAUGUCUUUUUUUAAAAGUAAAGCAGGUACAGGUGAUGUAU